AUGCUGCGCAUCUGCCAGAUGUCAGGGGAGGAGCUGCCGGCUGUCAGCCUCAAGAAAGUCCGUGACGUAAGCGCCUUGAAGCAAGAGCUACGCCGGCUGCAUGGCUUUCCCCUUUGUAUGCAACAGCUGCUUCACAAUGACAACAGCCUGGAUCCUGCGACGAAGUUAGAGGAGCCCAUGGACCUGCAACUCGUCAUCGUGCCCAUUUCGGAGAUGAGGCAAUUCUAUGAUUCUUUGGACGAGAUGCUGGACGUCUGCCACACCGGCCAGACGGAGGUUCUCCGCCAGCUGAUGGACACGGGGUUGGUGGAGAGGGCUAAGGACACAAAAGACAGGCGUGGCUACACACCCCUCAUUUCAGCAUCCGACAGGGGCCAUGUCGAGAUAGCGCGCAUGCUGUUGGAUAUUGGUGCCGACAAAAAGUUCAGGACAAACAGGACCAGACGGCCCUUCUUCUGGCAGCUUGGAGGGGGAACACAGAGAUUGUGA